GGGCGCCUGCAGACCGCCGGUGCGUCCAGCACACACUGUGGAGAACAUCACACGAGGAGUGUCAAACAUGCAGGCACACAGCGAUGGUGGCGACGACGAUGGUGGUGGCGGUGACAACGCCGACGAACGAUUGAUGGAGGACGUGGAAGCAGGGGACGACAACGACGACAUUCAUAUUCGGCCUCUGGGAAAGACGGGUGGGAGGGGGAGAGGACGCAGCAGAGGUGCUGUUCGUGGUCGAUCUAUUGGCCGUGGCGGCAGAGGUGGCGGCGACGACGACGGCGGGAAGUCUGCGACGUACUGGUCUCCGGAAGACCAAAUGCUCUUGGUGAGAUGCAAGCGGAAGCAAGACAUGCACCUUGUCGGGUUCGGUCACAAUUACGGUCGGAUGCGGACCAAGGAGUGGAAGUGGGACGACAUUGCGAAGCGCAUGGCGAACGCGGGGAGGCCUAGAGACGCGGACGACUGCAUGAAGAAGUGGGACAAUCUCUUCCAAAACUACAAGAAGAUACAGAGGUUUCAGAAUGCGAGCGGCCAACCAGAUUUCUUCAGGCUAUCGAAUGAAGAAAGGAAGGAGCACAACUUCAAGUUCCGGAUGGAGAGGGUGCUGUACAAUGAGAUCCACGCAGGCAUGGUGGGCAACCACACCAUUUUUCCUCCCAACGUCGCCGACACCGGAAGUCCGGACGGGGUGCAGGUGCCCAGGCAAGGAGCGGGUGGUGGGGAGUCUGUUGGUAGUGAGGCCGGUGGUGAAGGCUUCCCUGAAGAACGUUCUUCUGCGAGGGACUCUGACAACAACGCAGGCAGUGGGGCUGGAGGCGGGAAGCGGAAGAAUGCGCGUCAACAGGCGUUGGAGUGGAUCGCUGAUGUCAUGGACCUCCAUGGCGAACUGAUGUCGUCGACGGUCGAAUCGUCUAGCAAGCGGCAAUGCAGCAUAUUCACGAGGCAAUACGACAUACUUGAGAAGGAAGUUGCAGUCCAAAAAGCGCACUACGCGGCGUCCGAUGAGACGCAGAGGAUGAUGUGCCACAUGCCUAUGGAGAUCGCUGCCGCCAUCCGUGAGAAAUGUUGUAUGCUCGCCACGGAUAAAUGUCGCCUGCUCCCCGCGGACAUCUUCAAUGUCGUGGAGGACCGCCGUCGACACCAUUCUAGCCAUCUCGUCACGUGGACGAUCUUCGCUGGAGUCGUCGUCCUUCUAGCGUGCACGUGGACGUCAGUCGUCAAUCGUUGGUGGUCGCGGAGCACUGUCACCGUCGGUCUUCUAUUCUUCUCGCCGCCAAUCUUUUCUCCACGGAGCACUCUCGCCGGGGUCGUCGUCCUUCUGUCCACCGCGUGUACGUCGUCGUCUUCUUCCCGCGGAGGACAGUAUUUCUGCGUCGUACGGGUAUUCGUCCGCGUCAUGCCGCGGCAGCACGGGAGACAUUUCUCUCGCCAGAUCAGCGGGACUUCAAACGGCGGUCGACGAAACACUUCCCGCUCAUCCGAUCGGACCGCCAAGCUCGCACGACGAAGCAUGCCUACGCGAGGGAGCGCCCGUGGGAAGAAGCGCGACGGAGUCCCUCACGACAGCCAAGGGCAGGGAAGAGGUCGCCGGCAUGUCCCGAAGGUGAAGAGGGUGCGUUCGGAUGAUGCGUCCGCAAGGGUGCCUCCUCGUGGAGCGCAAGGUUGGGCGGCAGCAGUAGGAGGCGACUACGACAAAGACUUCACGACGGAGGAAGAGCAAGGAGAGGCGAGCGCGUCUGCAGUACGGGAGAGCGGUCGGCAGCGCUCCUCUGAUCACAGCGCUCCGAAGAGGAUGCUAACCCCUCCACCCGAGGCGCAGCAACUGUGUGCCCGCAAAAGGCGGAGAGAGAAGGCUGCCAUCGUCGAUCUUGGUUGCGAUGAUGACGAUCCCUUGGAAAAACGUCGCCUGCGCACUCGUACAACAACGACCCCACCGCCGGCGGUGGUGGCAUGCUCUGCGGUAGACGAAAGGCCAGUGACAGGUAGACUGCCCGCCACGCCGUCUCAGCCACGUCAGCCCAACCCGGGUGAUGAUGGAGGGUCCGUCCAACACGGCGGCGGGGGGGAAGUCGUGGCAGACGCGCGCAAAGUUGGGGGCGAGUCGGCAGGUGCUGCUGGUGCGGGUGCUUUAGGCACUGUGGCCCCCGUUGCGACGGCGAGAGAGGAGGCAGCACUUGUAUUCAAGUCGGGGAACUGCCCAAGGGGAUACAAUGUGGCUUUCCAGUACUCGCUUGAGUCCGUAGCGACGGACAUUGCGCGUGCUAUGUGGUACGGCGAGGAGUGGUACAACGUCGUCAGCCCGACGGUUUGCGCGCACACGAUAGAUCUAUCUAUGGACUUGCCAUUGUGGUUCUCUGGCACGAACAUCGAGGAGAGACCGGACGGCGACGACAUGGUGGCGCAUCAGGACUCCACCGUAAUCUACGUCGCUCAUGCGUUCCGCGCGGCGGUGCAAAUGGGUGCGCUCAUCGACGGGGAUUUCAUCUCCUACGAUCCUCUUUGUCGGGUGGCUGACUGCUUCAGGCUGUUGUUGGAGGCGUGCAUGUGGAUAAUGCGCAUGGCGGGAGACGAUCCGCGCAGCCACUACGAAGCUUUCUACUUCGCAAGCCUCAUGGCGAAGCCCACACUCAUCGCGGCCAUGCAUCGCUCCUUCGAUCAUCGACGAUCCGUCGUCCACGCCGCAAAUAUCGUCACCGAGUGGCUCGGGAAGGCGAACGCCACGUUGGGAGAGUACCCCGACUACAUCCCUCAAUGGGCGCCCUGCGGCAUUGGUUUCAGGCACAACGCGAGCACAACGGGGCCGGAGGAUGCGAAGAAGUUAGAUUGGUUGGGUUCGGCCCCCCUCGAUGAUGACAACAACGACGACGGAAAAUAUGACGCGUAGGGGGCGGAAGAGUGGGCGGGGUUGGAGGGGGGAUGCUUGUGUGAACGCAGCCGCAUGUACAAGUGGC